UCAGCGUUCACUUCUCACGUUGUCAUUUAAGUCGUGCGCACGUGUUUUGUUUGAAGUGACGAACGCGUGAAAGUGGACGUAGUUGUAAAGUGUUUAGUGGUUAAUGCAAGUAGAAUAAAAGAUGGCAGUGGUGAAUAACGCGCUCGUAGCGGCGAUAUGCCUGGAUUAUAUCAAAAAGGUCGACAAAAACCUCGCGAAUGUGUUUCAGACCAAGGCAAAGGCGGUUGCCCUUCCAAAAGGAUGCCCGCAAUUAGAGGAGAUUCUCACUUUUUAUCAGAAAAAUUGCCCGAAAAAGUUGCCAGCGAUUAAAGCUUCCGCCGCGGAUGAGAGUUCUGAUGAGGACAGCUCGGAGGAGGAUGAGACCCCAUCGACUCCCGCCCAGAAGCCGAUGUUGAACGGCCACGCCAAAACUCCAGUCGCGAACAAUAAAAAGGCUGCCGCCCAGUCAUCUUCCGAAGAAAGUGACAGCGACAGCGAAGAUGAAGCCCCUGCCGCGAAGUCUACACCUGCUGUCAAGAAAUCAACACCUGCUGCAGCCAAGAAAGAGUCAUCUGAUGAUUCCUCGGACGACAGCGAGGAUGAUAAGCCUGCCGCCAAGAAACCUGUUGCUAAGCCAGCUGCGAAACCAGCGGCCAAAAAAGAGUCAUCUUCUGAGGAAAGCAGCUCGGAGGACGAGGCUCCUGCAAAGCCAGCUCCAACUAAGACACCUGUGAAGCCAGUGCCAGCGAAGGACAGUAGUUCUUCCGAGGAUAGCAGCGAUGAUGAGCCACCGAAAAAGGCUGCACCCGUCAAGACUCCAGUGAAACCUACUCCAGCUGCGAAAAAAGAUAGCUCCUCAGAAGACAGCAGCGAUGAUGACGAUAAACCAGCAAAACCGACGCCUGCUAAGCAGCCAGCCAAGGCCACACCGGCUAAAAAAGAAAGUUCUUCCGAAGACAGCAGCGACGAUGAUGAUACACCCGCAAAACCUACCCCUGCUAAGCAGCCCGUGAAAGCCACGCCUGCUAAAAAAGAAAGUUCUUCAGAAGAUAGCAGCGACGAGGAUGAACCGCCAGCGAAAGCAAAACCUGCAGCAGCACCUGCAAAGCAGGCCGCGGCUAAGAAGGACGACAGUGAAGAUUCUUCGGAAGACAGCAGCGACGAUGAACCACCAAAGAAACAAGCGGCAAAGGCUCCAGCUCCCGCAAAGGCACCAGCUAAGAAACAAGAAUCAUCCAGUGACGAUAGCUCUGAAGACGAAGCCCCACCAGCCAAGAAACCUGCAGCCAAGCCAGCACCUCAAAAGAAGCAAGAAUCAUCAAGCGAGGAAGACAGCAGUGAAGAAGAAACAAAAGCAGCGGCUGUAAAGAAACCAGCCGCCAAGCCUGCUGCAAAGAAACAAGAAUCAUCCAGCGAGGAAGAUAGUUCUGACGACGAACCAGCCGCUGUUGUCCCGGCUAUAAAGAAACCAACCGCUCCUGCUAAGAAAGCGAAAGAUGAGUCGAGCGAAGACUCCUCCAGCGACAGUGACGAUGAACCCCCACCAGCAAAGAAAGCUGCAAUAAGUGCGCCCGCAAAACCAGUGAAAAAGGCGAAAUCAUCAAGUGACGACAGUUCGGACGAUGAUGAAGACGAAGCACCGAAAGCGGCUCCAAUCAAAAAGGCACCGAAAAAGAAGGAGAGUAGUGACGACGACGAUGAUGAUGAUGCUGAGGAGGAGGAAAAACCUGCACCCAAGGCAGGCCAGAAAAGGAAAUGGGAAACACCGUCGGAAGGUACCCCAGCAAAGAAGGGAAACUAUAAUAAUUUCGUGAAAGCAGGAGAAAGCGGAGAUAAGAAAAUGAAUGGUACACCAAACGGUAACGGUAUCAAAAAGAAUGCACCCUUCCGGCGAGUAAGAGACGACGAGGUAGAAAUUGAUCCGCGAGUGAAGGACAAUUCCUUCGAUGCAAAGAGAAACGCCCGGGGUUCAUGGGGAGAACGUGCCAACUUAGACUUGAAGCACACCAGGGGCAAAUCGUUCAGACAUGAAAAAACGAAGAAGAAGCGAGGCAGUUAUCGUGGCGGACAAAUUGACAUGGGUGUAAACUCAAUCAGAUUUGAGGAUUGAAGAUAGUAUAUUUAUUAGAUUCUGAUUAAACAGAGCCCUCUCGUUUCUGCAUUCGCAAGAACUAACUCUUAAGUGUAUAGUUUUUAAAACGUCGCUGGCAAUGAAUGUCAAACCAUUAGAAAUUUUUAAUCAAUGUUUCUAGUUUCUGCUGAAUUGAGCUUUGGGUAGAAUUUGAAAUGUUUUCCAAUGAACCAAGCGCGCAGUGUUAGAAUUUACGCAAGUAUUUAAUAUCAUUUUAUAUUAAACGCACGUAAAGUAUCGUAUGUUUAGCGUAUUUCUAUUGAUGCCGGUCAUAUAAUACAAACUUAUAUACAUUACCUCUAAGAGUAGAUUUAUAUAUUGAUAGUAAUCUAAUGGAGUCAAAUUAUUUUUUCACUUUGACACAAGAAAUCGUUCAUUAUGUUUCCUUUUAGUUUUAAAUAAAGUUGAAUUGAGUAGUUUUGAGCUCAGACUACUUAGGAGUGAAUGUGAAUUGUAACCAACAUUACAAUUGUGUGUUAUUCUUUUAAAAUAUUUUAAAUACAAAAUGAAUAUGUAUAUGUACAAAGCUG